AUGGCAUCAUCAUCGAAUUCGCAUGAACAAUCGGGUUCAUUUGCCUCAUCUUCUGCACAUGCAACGCCUCAUAUAACGCUUACUUUACCACGUAAAAGUCGAGCAAAAGAUUUAUUAAGAAAGUAUUAUACAUUAGAUGGAAAAAAAGCCGAUCCUUUAGACAUUGACAAUUCUGCUUUUGAAGCUGAAAAAUAUGUUAAUAAUAUGCUUGUCGAAAAACAUCUUAGUGAAUUGAUGCAAAGAGAUAAUGAUUUGAGUACUGAAAUUAGACAACUUGAUGGAGACAUGAAAACCUUGGUUUAUGAAAAUUAUAGUAAAUUUAUAAGUGCUACUGAUACCAUUAGAAAGAUGAAAAGUAAUGUAGAAAAUAUGGAAUCAGAAAUGGAUCAACUUUCUCAAAGUAUUAAGAAUAUCUCAAAUGUUACAACUUCAGUAAAUUCAGCUUUAGGUCCAAAACGUGAUAAAAUUCGUCAGUUAACCGGGGUCCAUGAUUUAUUAAAAAAGAUUCAAUUCAUAUUUGAAUUACCAACAAGGUUAAAUCAUUGUUUGGAUCAAAAAUCUUAUGCUCAAGCAGUUAGAUAUUAUGCAAAAACUUCAAGGCUUUUGGAUCAUUAUAGGAAUUUAUCGGUGUUUAGUUCUAUUGAAAUGGAAUGUAAAGAAAUUAUGGAUAAAGUUACAAAAAGGAUACGUGAAAAUAUGACACAAGAGGAUGCAACUGGAUCAGAGAUAUCAGAUUGUAUGGCAUUACUAAUCACAUUAAAAGAGCUUCCACAAAAACUUGCAAAAGAAUAUUUGGAACUUCAAAAAAAGUUUCUCUCAAAUCUUUUGGAAAAAACAAUUAGAGAGAUGUCAUCAAUUCAAAUCGAUCCUCCAUUAGAGUUGUCUCAUGAUAAUCACGAUAGUUCAAAUCAUACAAAAGAAUUGUCACCAAAUUCUUCGAAAAAGUUGGCAAAAACAAAAUUAAAUUUUCUGAAUCAAAAAUUCCUGAAAGAAUUAAAUAAAUUUGUUGAAUCUUUUAAUGGAUUUUUCUUAACGCCUUCAAGAGAAACUCGUGAAGUAAAAUCUCCAGGAAAAUCCCCUAAGAGUGCGGGAAGUGAUAUUUUGAGAUUCGUUUCUGCUAAUUUGGAUGGUGAUGAUAGAGACAUUGCACGUCAAAAUUUCAUGGAAUUCAUUGACUCAAUCGCAACAGAAUAUUUUGCAGUCGUGGACAAUUUGCUAGAUUUUCCUGAAGCAGUUACAAAUCUUAAACCAUCAACACAUUUGCAACUAUUAAAUGAUCUUUAUUAUGCUACUUUAUCUUGCAAUAGUCUUUGUACAAUUGCAAGAUUUGAAGAUCGUGUUAAUGAUAUAAUUGUUGAUUGGGAAAUUAAAUUGGCUAAAAGUUUGUUUGGAACUGCUGAAAAGGAAUUGAUGGAUAAAUUUGUUAAAUAUGCUGAUAAUGAACUUAAAAAGGACUCAGCAACUUUACCAAAUUCCCAACUUCGAAAUUUACAAACCUUCAUAUUGGAUUUGGAAACUGUAUAUGCAGAUUAUUUAACAAAUGAUUGUUUGAAAUUGUUAGAGGAAUGUGUAAAAACCGAAACUCCAAUGAUGCAAAGAAAGGGAGGAGCUGAUCAUCUCUUGGAACGAUUCAAAAUACAAAUUAAAGAAUUUUGGCAUUCUGUGAUACAGUCUAUGAGUGGAUAUGUGGCAUCGGUUCAUCCGGCUCCUGUAACACAAUCACCACCGCCAAUCAUAGUAUUGAUGAUGUCACGCGUUUUAUUGGAUUUUGGAGAGAUUAUUGUGAUGCAAGUUUACUUGGCAUUCUCUAACGGACUGUAUAAACAACAAUCAGACCAAAGAAGAGAAUUUGGCGUUGAAAUGUAUAAUGGAUUUGGUGAAAAAUACACUAUUGCAAAGGAAUUGGUUCAUGACGUUAGAGAAAUUAUUGGAAUUUGUAAAGAUAGAAUAUUGGAGACAUAUGUUGAAAUUAAAGGAAAUCAAGUUUCUGCAAAAAUAAGAGACAUUUAUAUUCCAAAUGUUAUACAAAAACAAUUCGAAAAAACUAAUAAGUCGUCAAUUCCUGAAAGGGUCACUUCAAUUUGGAGCGAGAUUAUAACUGAUUUGGUGUAUAUCGAAAAAGAUGUAGUAGUAUUAUAUGGUGGUCCAAUUGACGAAAAUAAAGAAGUCGUUGAAGAUUCUUCUGGUACAAGUUCUAAUACUGGUGGUGGUGGCGACAAAUCACUUUUAUCACCGAACACAGCAUUAGUUAAAUCGCCAUAUGCACAUUCAAAUUCGUCUCAUUCUUCAAUGAAUUCUACAAGAUCUAAAUCACCAAAUCCUUUUACAAGUUCAGUGCAACUAACUUCGCAUAUUGAUAAAUUAUUUAGCGACAGAAUUGAAAUUUAUAGUAUCGUUGAAAUGAGUAUUAUUGGUAUUAUGACGGGAAUCGUAAAAAUUUUAUUAAAGACGUGGAUUGAAAUGAUUCGAUUAAAUACUUUGACAAACAACUCAUUUCAACAAAUUCAAGUCGAUUCUGAGUAUAUGAGAGUCAAAUUAUGGAGAUUUAUAGAGGAUGAAAGGAUGAUGAAUACUAUGUUACAAGAAUUGGCAUCAAGUGCCUUUCGAAGGUGUUUCGAAGAUCCUUUGCCAUUAGUUUAUGCUGAUAUUGAAAUGAUUGUCAAUGGAUCGGUUUCAUAUUAA